UGGAAUUAAAACCAUUGUAGAAAAUGUGGUAUUCCGCAAAUCAUACGCAAUUCUCACUCGCAUGUGAAUAAAUUAAUCGAGAUGAAGUGUCGACAAUUGUUAUUUGGAAUAUGUAACAUUAGAGGGAGUUAUGAUUCUUCAAUUUCCUUGGUAAUUCUUGCUUCUUGUUGGUGGAUCACUGAUGUAAAUUAA